AUGCUGGGCUGCAUGGGAAGCUUCGUCAGUAUCUGCAUAGUCAGCACGUUGGCCGCCGUUAUUUUAGAAGUGAACAACAACUUUGGCGAGCGACAUAUGUACCUCCUCCUAUCGACUGGGUCAACUUCCGAGGACACUAGUGUUGCCGAUCUUGCAGAUCAGCCUUGUUCUACACCAAACCGCUUUGCCAGCAUCUGGCCGAAGGACUUCCAUGUCUCACCGUUCAAUCCCCGAGAGGGCAUGGCAUAUACCCUUAGCACUACUGAUCCCUUGCGGUGCGAAAGACCGGUCGACAGUCGGAUCGUGCUGGUUGCCUCCAAUCGGGUCCGACUUAUAGCCUCUAUCCGCGCUACGGGCCCGGCGAUCCGCCCAGCUGCUCUCUCCGCCUACCAGCGAUCCCAGCUGAUCUUAUCGUGGGGGUGGGUGGGGGCUUUGACGGAGCCACGCAUCUAUUUCCAGGCUGCAAAGCUGCAUGUGCAACGGAAAUUACGGGUCUGGUCUCUGCCGGUGCCAUUGGAGAAAACCAUCAGUCGACGCGCAAAUCGACUCGAACGAUCGCUCGAACAUUUUGUGAGGGGAUACCUGCGGCACCGAGUGGAGAACACCGACGGAUCAUUUACCGUGCGGUAUUCCGCUGCAGGACUGUUUGCCAACGACACGGUCGAGAUCAUGCAAUCACCUUCGGCGCGUGCGAUUUCGAGCAAAUGCCCGGGCAAAGCCGUUGAGUUUCGGGUCCUACGGCCGGACUUUUACACCUCCUUCGUAGAGAGUCAAGCCUUGACCGCCGAAGCAGUCUUCAAGCUCCUGGCAGGAAAUGAUUUCCUGCGCGUGUCGCGCAUGCAUGUGCUCCGGGAUCUAUUUUGUGACGAAUCAGGCUCCUUUCCAGAAUUUAGCAAAGUCUCUGGGUCUGGUCAUCUCGCUUUCCAGGUCCUCUCCUGGUUCCGAAAGGGGCGGCCCGCAGCUAUUGCUGGUCCGCGUUCUUUGUCUGCCCUGGACUGCUACGUACUGACCUGCUGUAGUCCUGCCGAGCAGAGGGACUACUGGCUGCAGGUGAUGAAACUAUUCCUCAGUCGCUAUGUUGCCUUCGGGCACACAUUUCUUCUUGAAGCUGAAGUUCUUGUCGCCCUCCUGGUUCUGGGGUGGACUCUCUUAACCACUAAUAGUCUGUAUUAUGGUUCAUACGGUUCCAGUUUCCGAUCAUUCUUUGUCAUCUGA